AUGAUAUUAUCAUAUAUUCCUCCGGAAAUUGUUGAUGGUAACAUUGUGGUUAAAGCAGAUAAAGAAGAAAUUGAAGAACAGAACAAAAAAUGGGAAUGUGCCUUAAUUAUCUAUGUGAUUGGGGAUAUGUCUAGAUAUAAAUUCAUGGAGAAAUAUAUAGCUCAAGCUUGGAGUAAAGUUAAUAUACCAGAUCUGUUUCUUCAUGAUGAAGGUUAUUACAUAGCAAAAUUUGAUACCAUAGGAGACUUGAAAGAUAUUCUAUAUGGUGGACCUUAUACUAUUAAUGGUAGACUUAUGGUCCUGAAGCAAUGGACACCUGAAUUUGACAUUAAGGCUGAAGUUUUGAUGGAGAUCCCUUUGUGGGUCACUAUCCCUAAUUUGCCUAUGAGCUACUGGGGAAACAAGACUUUAAGUAAGCUGGCAAGUGCUAUUGGGAAGCCUCUCUUUGCAGAUGAAUGUAUAACAAAACAGAUUAGAAUUUCCUAUGCCAGGAUUCUAGUGGAAGCUAAUGUGACAAAAAAGCUUCCAACAGAGGUGACUUUGCAAGAAACAUCAGGGAAACAGAUCCAGUUGCAGGUGGAGUAUGAAUGGAAACAAAAGUAUUGUAUAAAUUGCAUGAAGAUAGGGUAUGACUGUACCGUGGAGAAGAAAGUCAGAAAAGAAGAACAAUACAGAGGAAAUCAGAAACAGGGGAAAGUUAUCACAAAAUGGCAAGUCAAAGGCCAAGGACAACAACAACAAACUGAUCUAAAGGGAGAACCAAGUAAGGCAAUAAGGCAGGAAAAUGAUAAUGAAGAUGUUGGGAAUAAUGGCAAGCUUCAGAUAGUAAGGGAUAAAGGGAAAGCCAAAGAGUUGCAAGAUGUAUACCAAAGAGAGGAGUGGCCAACUUUGCCUAGUAACAGUAGAAUGACAUUGGGAAGGACAACAAUAACUACAGCAAAUGCCUUUCAAAUUCUACAGCAGGAGAGGAAAUGGAGGAGACUAGGCCACCUGACCUGGGAGGUGGAAUCAUUAUUCAUCAAUGACUUGGUUAAUCUGGAAUAUUAG